AUGAGUGAAACAAAAUCAAAGGAAAGUUAACAAAAAUAGAAUUUAAUAAUUAUAGGAGGAUAAUAUGCUUUGAAAAGUUGUAUCUAUCGUGGAGGAACUCAUAAUUUAUAUUUGGGUAAGCAUAUUUGAUAUAUGUUGACAGCGAUAAACAAAUAGAAUCCAGGAAAUUACUUUGUCGUGCGAUUAGUAAUGUAUAUAAGAGUUUAAAUUUAUUGUUAGUUCAUUAAGCUGAUA